AUGCAGGAGACCGAAGGAGCUGCUCUAUCAAUGCAUCAGGAGACAUCAACAGAAUGGAAAUUUGAACACGAAUGGGGUCAAGUGGAUCAAUGGGCUGAAAUAACAGUUAAUUCCGAAGAGAGGACCAGUCAAGAACGUAUGAAUUUUCAGCCAACUGCUAGAAGUUCCAUUACGCAAAUUUGUUUUUGGAAAGAGUCGGAACAAUUCUUUGCAAGUAUCGACAAGUGUCGAAGCAAUAGAACGAAGAGAGCACGUGCUAGACAUCUGGAAACUAGACAUAAGAAAGCAACAUUAGCUGCUGGAUGGACGAAAGUCCUAAGAAGAUCAUUAACGGAAAAGGUAGUACCAGCUGGACGAACACAAGCGGUGCAUUAUAGCCGGAACAAAACAUCAAGUUUUGGAGAAUGA